GUCACUUACAGAAAGUGCAGAGCGUCUCUGGCCUUUAGAUCGUGAUCGGAAAGCCGUCUGCUGCUCCCCGAGAACAUCAUCUCGUCUUCAAUCCUUUUUAUCAAACACACGGAAACUUUCAACAUGGGAAACUGUCAGCCAACUGUUUUCCCUCAUAAUGACUUUGACGUUGUUGCAGACAUAAAGGCUAUUCGUAAAGCCUGCAAAGGUUUCGGAACUGAUGAGCAAGCCAUCAUAGACAUCCUGGCCAAUCGAUGCGCAUCACAGAGAAUGCUUAUCAAAGAGGCAUACUUCGACAAAUAUGAUGAUGAGCUGGUGGAGGUUUUGAAGAGUGAGCUGUCAGGAAACUUUGAGAACGCAAUCGUUGCCAUGUUAGAUCCUCCCCACGUGUUUGCUGUUAAAGAGCUCAGGAAGGCCAUGAAGGGUGCGGGCACGGAUGAGGAUGUCCUGGUGGAGAUUUUGUGUACCGCUACGAAUGCUGAUAUCGCCACUUACCGCGAGACCUACACCCAAGUGCAUGAUAGAGAUUUGGAGACAGACAUUGAAGGAGACACCAGUGGGGAUGUUAGGAGGCUGCUAACCUUUCUUCUUCAGGGUAACAGGGACGAGAGCUAUGUAGUGGACGAAAUGCUGGCUGAGGAAGAUGCUGUCUCUCUGUAUGCGGCUGGAGAGGUUGGCCUUGGCACAGAUGAGUCCACUUUCAGCCACAUUCUAGCCACCAGGAACUAUUUGCAGCUGCAGGUCACAUUCAAAGCCUAUGAAGCCUUUUCUGGAACAGAGAUUUUGGAUGCAAUCGAUAAAGAAACGUCUGGAACUCUAAAGGAUUGCUACACCACACUAGUGAGGUGUGCAAAGAACCCCCAGCUGUUUUUUGCUCGGAGACUGAACGCUGCGAUAAAAGGAGCCGGCACUGAUGAAGACACUCUCACCCGCAUCAUUGUGUGCCGCUCAGAGAUUGAUCUGGAAACCAUUAAAGACAUGUACCUGGAAAAAUAUGAUGUGACCCUGAAGGAAGCCAUCUCCUCGGAAUGCAGCGGAGAUUUCAAGCGCCUCCUGCUGGCCGUCCUGCACUAACACUUGGAUUUGAUGUUGUGUGGGCCGGGUUGGAUGUCCACCACACUCUGCAGUGAGAUUUUCACAGUUCCAUUUUCUAAAGCACAUCUUUACACAAAAGGUAAUUCUCACAGGCAUCUCUUAUUUCGGAUUUAAUGUCAGAUUUAAGUGCUAGAAGAUGAUGAAAAUAUCAUUUUUUACCCAUAUGAUCAAAAAUUGCCCCUCAAACAUCAGCUUGUUUCUAACUUGACCAUGGCUAUGGUAUAAGUGGGAUAAUCCACAUCUGUGCAUUAAAGGAUUUAAAAGCACUCCACUUCACAAUGGGUGGUAUUUCACCUCCUUGUCGUGCAUUAAAAUCCUUUAAUCCACAGCUAGCCGUGGAUUAUACCUCGAUCCUCUCAAAUCCAAUGUUGAGUCUACUUAUGUCUAAUCUUAAUGUUUUUAUUACACUGUGCAAAUAUGUUUCUCGUGAGCAGCUGUUUUUAUAAACAGGAACGUCUGUCCACACUAAAUAAUUUCUUUGACUUGUUAUAUAGAGGCAGACUUGGCCAUGUGAAUUUAGUUAAGUGGAGCCAAACCGGCUUUAUGUUAUGAAUGGGAUAAGAAUGAUACAAGACCAGCAUUUUGUUCGUUUCCAAAGGAAGGUUGUGAGAUGUUUCCUGCCAGUAUUUUUCCAAGUUACGCUCAGUUUAAUGUGAACUCUGAAUUCUGUGGAUGACUUUAAGUAAGUGAAGAAACACUGAAGUCACAGUGUAUUAUGUUACAAUCAUGCAAACAAUUGCCUAUUUAUAAAAAAUCUGUAUGCUAAUAUUUCCACAUGUGUAGUUUUGAAGUGAAUGUUCAUUCACAUGGUCAGUAAUAUUUUAACUAGCACGCCAUAUUAAUUCUAAUAUAGUUUAUAACUUACUGUAUUAUAUCUUUAACAAGGCAAACUAAUUGAGUUGCUAUUGCUCUCUUAACAAAUGUACUUUAUUACCAAGUGUUUAUUCAUUGAAAUAAUUUGAAGUUAUGAAUCACAAUUAAUUGAUUAAAGAUGUGUUAUUACACUAUUAGAAUAUGAAAUCAAAUAUCCCAGAAGCCUUGGAAAUGGAAAAUAAUGGAAAUAAUGAAGACUUUGUAACUUGAGAUACUGACUGAAUGAAUAUCACAUAAAGUGUGGACCAGUUAUUUCUGAUGUAUUAACAGACAACCCUGUAUUCUGGAAAAUAUUUAACUAAAUAAAAUGAAGUGUUAAAAUGCC